AUGGCUGAGCAGCUCAAUCCCAUCAUACUCCAGCAAUCGCAUGCUCAGGCAUUGCGAGAAGAUGCCGCGCGGCGGCUCUCACGGACCCCCAAUCCCUAUCAUCGCCAACAGUCCGAGUUAGCCUAUGGCUCCGAAAGAUUCGAUAAUGCGGAUGCGAAUGCGAACAUCCCUCCCAAGCAUUCGCUCCUGAGAUCAACCCAAACAACAGAUGAUGAAGACCUGCAGGUACUGAGAGUGCCAUCAAGGCUAUAUAGGGAUCCAACGAAUAGCGACAGCGGCACCGAGGCGGACGAUGAGCAUUUCCUCAAGGGAUUACCUGCGCCGAAGGCACGGCCCCAUAAGGGACUCCGAGGUGGCGACGGCAACCCAUCAGGCUCGCCGAGUCCUAUCCUUUCGCCGGCCAUACUCGAAGAAAACACUUUCAAGAGUCAUGGGUAUCUUCAACAACAAUCGAAACUCUUUAUCAAUACAGAUAUGGAUGAGGCGACGCAGGCGGCCCGAAGACUCGGGAGGAAACGGAAGAUCGAGGUGGUAAGGAGAUCAGCAGAAGCAGCAAUCCUCUGCUCCCUCGGUGGACUCCUGUGUCUUGAUUCCCAAGUCCGCGAGGUCCUAUACUUGUGGAGAAAAGAACUGGCCUGCCAGUUUUUCAUAUCAACCUCACUAGUCGCCGCAUACCCUUGGAGAUUAUUGCGGCACUUACAGCCUUCACAAGUAUGGAAGAGACCUUUGCCGAUUGCUAUUCCGGCAACGUUCGAGCCCGCGGCGCUGAUAUACCCCCCCGCGAUCACCAUACUCGUCACUGUGAUACUAUCGAGAAAUAACCCUACGAAUUUCCUUUUAAGCAUAAGUCUGGGAAUAGCGUCGCUCCCUAGGCAGCUUAUACCAUCCACUGGCGGACUGGAGGGCUCCAACAUCUCUCACUGGGCUCUGACCUGUCUCCCAAUGCUCGUCUCAGAUUCAACGGCCCAUGACAGAGAGAUUGUGACCAGAGGCAACCAAAUUAACCGGGUCUUGAGCCCUGAGGUAUUGGUUCUUUUGUACCCGCUACAUCAAGCCCUGUGCCACACAUUACACUACUUGACCACCACGAGUUUACUUCCAGCGGAACUGCAAUUACUUUCGAUAUCUCUGAUCCACUUAUUGCUCCUGGCUAGAUCUCCUCAAGCCACCAUUUUGAAAGCCCUUCUUUGGGGUGGAGGAGUCGGCAUGCUGAUCAGUUGUGGACAUGUGCUCAUAUGGGGCGUUGCACUUGCCAGAGUCCCAAAGUGGCGAUUCAGGCGUGCCCCGAACGAAAGGGGUGUGAUGAAACUAUUAUCUCUUGGGAAUAUUGGGAGAACUGUCUUUGGGAAGGACGCUGCGCUUAGCGAAUCAAGCGCGGAUGACGAACCUGCUGAAAUUCCAUCAACAAGACUGGAGCUGAACACUCGAGACCAGAUGUCAGCCUAUGAGGAACCUCAGGGGAGUGGCUCCUUAUCAGCAAUUGAUCCCAAAACAAAGGUCAACUUCACAAACGGGGCGGUAAAGAUGAGCGGUAACGGUCUGUCUACCAUGAUUAGACGACAUACGCUUCCUGCUUUGACUAGUCUUCCCCAGAGGUCAAGCAAAAGGACUCCGUCGGGUCGAAGGAGAAGGGCAACUUCUUCGAGCGUCCAGGCAUUCUUUUCCCUCACGCAAAAGCAGGCCACUAUCCGGAAAUGGCUGUACGCAGGCUAUGUCUACCUUUGUGUGGCAGCCAUUAUCUUCGUCGGUAUCAGGGAAUACGUCCAAAGAUUUGCUCUGGAUGGCAACGAGCCUAUAGGGUGGGCUCUGGGGUACCUAUUUGGUGACUUGCCAUCGUUCAGGAUGCAAGUGAUAAGCUAUAAUCUUCAGCGAUGGAUAUGUGUACCUCCGAGGAGUGGACGCGAACACGAAGACUCUUGCUAUAUGGGAUGGGUUGAACAUCUACGACAGGCAUCUUUCGGGCCAGCAAACACCCGCCUCAUUCUAUGCGGAUAUUGGCUGGCGAUCAUCAUUGCGGGACUGGCAACUGUCUUUCGGCUGUCAUCUAUUUAUGAGGUUGAUACUCGCCGCAAAGUCUUCCAUUUCAUGAUGGUGGCAAUGCUUCUCCCUGCCACUUACGUGGAUCCCACAUUCGCAGCAUUGGCACUAUCUCUAAUGCUUGCGAUCUUCCUACUUCUCGAUCUAUUUCGAGCUUCUCAACUGCCGCCACUAUCAAAACAUCUAGCGUACUUCCUUACGCCCUAUGUAGAUGGAAGGGAUCUCAAGGGCCCUGUAGUAAUAUCUCACAUCUUUCUCCUCAUCGGCUGCGCAAUCCCCCUUUGGCUCUCUCUCGGGACACUCCCUCAGACUGGCAACGACUACCUCUCCGGCUGGGAGGUCCCAACAAGAGAAGUCAGCAUGGUCAGCGGAGUGAUCUGCGUCGGCAUGGGCGAUGCAGCAGCAUCAUUAAUUGGACGACGAUACGGCCGACGGAAAUGGCUCUGGGGUGGCGGCAAAAGCAUUGAAGGUAGCGUGGCAUUUGCUACUGCCGUAGGACUGGCGUUGGUGCUGGCAAAAGCGUGGCUUAGAAUCGGAGGCUGGCCGGCAAAUAACGACGAUGCUUGGUUUAUAACGAUUGGGAAAGCGGGCGUUGCGGCGUGGGUGGCCAGCUUGACGGAAGCAGCUCUUACCGGGGGCCGGGAUAUCAAAGAUGAACACGCACUCGACGACUUCCAUGCCCAGCUUCUCGACCAGCUUCUUCGCGGCCAAGAUGGUGCCCCCCUUCGCCAGCAGGUCGUCGAUCAGCAGCACCUUCUUCUUCCCGUCGAUGCCCUCGAAGGCGUCCGUCUUGAUCUCCAUCACGUCCGGCCCGUACUCCCGAUCGUAGGCCAUGCUGAUCUUCUCCCCGGGGAGCUUCCCCUGCUUCCGGACCGGCACGCAGGGGAGGCCCAGGCGCGAGGCGACCACCAGGCCGAUGAAGAAGCCGCGCGACUCGAUGCACACGAGGCUGCCGAUCUCGCUCACGUCGUGCGUGGACCGGAUGUGGUCGACGAGGUGGCUGGCCACGGCCUCGGUGGCCGCGGGAUCGCGGAAGAUGGGGAAGAUGUCUGCGAAUGGCUGGCCCUGGGUUCCACGGAUAUAUUCGCGUCAGAUAGCAACGUCCGCCAUGGCGAGUGGCGAGGAUAUGGUGAUGAUGGCGGUGGUUCGGGUGGCGGUCUUGUAUUGGGAAGUAAUGGUAUGGCUCAAAUAGUAGCUUUGAAAUCAAUCAUAGACCAUACGUAG